UCUCUCUCUUUCUCAAAUUUUUCACUUCCGUCUCUCUCUCUCUCUCUCCAUUGGCGAUCGGGCCAGGCAUGGCUUUCAGAGGGGGAAAUGCUUCGUCUGGCAUGGGUGUUGCUGAUCACAGUAAGAGCACGUUCCUCGAGCUGCAGAGGAAGAAAGUUUUCCGCUAUGUGAUUUUCAAGAUUGAUGAAAAGAAAAAAGAGGUCAUGGUCGAGAAAACCGGAGGCCCGGCUGAAAGCUUUGAUGAUUUUGCUGCUUCAUUGCCCGAGAAUGAUUGUCGAUACGCGGUUUAUGACUUUGAUUUCGUUACUUCGGAGAAUUGCCAAAAGAGCAAAAUCUUUUUCAUUGCAUGGUCACCGUCUGUAUCGAGGAUCCGUGCUAAGAUGCUUUACGCAACAUCAAAGGACAAGUUCAGAAGGGAGCUGGAUGGAAUUCACUAUGAGAUCCAGGCAACUGAUCCAACUGAGAUGGAUCUUGAAGUCCUCCGAGACCGGGCACAUUGAACACUUAAAUGGUUUGUCAUCUGGAAAGAAGUCCCUCGGGAAUUCCUUCUAGCAACAAAAAAGGAAUGCUCUUUCCUUUUUUUAAUCAGUUUCUGAUUUUCUGUAGUUGUACAAAUUUCAUAUAGCUUAAUUACUAAAUAAUCAGCACCUUGGGAAGGCUGAUUAGGGGGCUCCUGGUUAUUUACCCUUUGCAGGGAUAUUUUGGGGCUUCUUCAUUGCCAUGAUGCUUCUCAGGUGAUAUUGGGUAUGUUAUGGUGAUGGAUAUUAAGAUUGAUAAUUUUACUCCUAUUAUCCUA